AUGUUUCCCUCUCUCUGUUCCUCUCUUUCAUGUCUCUCUCUCUCUGUUCCUCUCUUUCAUGUCUCUCUCUCUCUCUGUUCCUCUCUUUCAUGUCUCUCUCUCUCUCUGUUCCUCUCUUUCAUGUCUUCCUCUCUCUAUUCCUCUCUUUCAUGUCUUCCUCUCUCUAUUCCUCUCUUUCAUGUCUUCCUCUCUCUAUUCCUCUCUUUCAUGUCUUCCUCUCUCUUUCAUGUCUUCCUCUCUCUUUCAUGUCUUCCUCUCUCUUUCAUGUCUUCCUCUCUCUUUCAUGUCUUCCUCUCUCUUUCAUGUCUUCCUCUCUCUAUUCCUUUCUUUCAUGUCUUCCUCUCUCUAUUCCUUACUUUCAUGUCUUUCUUUGUCUCUAUUCCUCUCUUUCAUGUCUUUCCGCUCUCUAUUCCUCUUUCGCUCAUGUCUUUCUGCUUCUAUUCCUCUCUUUUUAAUGGAUUCCUCUCUCUUUCAUGUCUUUCUCUCUCUUUCAUGUCUUCCUCUCUCUUUCAUGUCUUCCUCUCUCUAUUCCUCUCUUUCAUGUCUUCCUCUCUCUAUUCCUCUCUUUCAUGUCUUCCUCUCUCUAUUCCUCUCUUUCAUGUCUUCCCUCUCUCUUUCAAAUCAAUCCCAAAAAUCAUGUCUUCCUCUCUCUUCCUCUCUCUAUUCCUCUCUUUCAUGUCUUCCUCUCUCUUUCAUGUCUUCCUCUCUCUAUUCCUCUCUUUCAUGUCUUCCUCUCUCUAUUCCUCUCUUUCAUGCCUUUCUUUUUUUCUCUCUUUCAUUUGUUUGUUUCUUGCAACAAUGAAUUUUAUUCAAUCAUUUACACAAAAUUUGACAUGCAGCAUUUGUGAACAAUUGCAGCCCCAUUUUCUCCUCAUCCUCUCUACAUGUUUCUCCCAUUGUCCUCCUCCUUUACACCCAAGCAGGAAUCAGAUAUAA